AACAUAGAUUAGGAAAAAUAGACAUUGAAUGUGAAUAUUGUGAGGCUUUAAAAUGGAAGGGGGAAAAACUAGGACUUUGUUGCAUGAAUAGUGAAGUUAUAUUAGCACUACUUCUUGCACCACCACCAGCAAUUUAUAAAUUGCUUACAGAAAAAGAUCCUAUAUCUAAAUUACUUUUUGUUAAACAAGCAAUAGCAUAUAAUCAAGUAUUUGCUUUUAUAUCAAUUGGAGAACCACCACAAUUUCCCCAAAUAUAUUUUUAUGAUCCUACAAAUAUUAAAGCACAAAUUGAUAGAAGAUAUAAAAUAAUGAAAGAAAAAUUAAAUAAAGACAUGUUAAAAGAAAUUCAAGAGGAAUUAAUGGAAUUCAAUCCUUUUGUUAAUACUUAUAUACAAGCAGGAAAUGUACAAGCAA